UGUCUAACGGCUGUCCACUCUCUGUUUGCUCGUAAAGCGUGUCACGACAUCGACCAGUGGCCACAGCCAACACCCGGUGCCACACUUAACCUCCCACUCAUGGGUGUUGUACUUCAGGUAACGGUUCCCAAUCGUAGCGAAAAGCUCAACCACUCACCAAACACGGAGAACCCGUACCCGUCGGUCAGCAUCACAGCCCUCACCUCCGGCAACAGCUCCGGGAUCUCGCCGUCACCAUCGCAGCAGUCGCUGAAUCCUUAUCCCGUUGUCAUACCAUCUGUUUAUGAGCUAAAUAUCUAUAAGUCUUUGGCGUCGAUCGUAACCCACUGUCAGCUACUGUGGGAACUGGUGCUGACGUGCGAACCCGUGACAGUUAUGGCGCCCACACCUGAUGUCUGCUCGGAGACCGUCCAGUCUCUGGUGUCACUCAUUUUGCCGCUAAAGUACGGCUCAGACUUCAGGCCCUUCUUCACGAUCCACGACUCGGAGUUCAAGGAAUACACCACUAAAACACAGUCACCUCCGCCUGUGAUUCUUGGCGUCACGAACCCGUUCUUCGCUAAGACUCUACAGCAUUGGCCACACAUUAUCCGUAUCGGCGACUACGGCACCGCGAAUAAUAAUCACAAAAACAAAAUCAAAAAGUCUGGACUCAUAAAGACGUUGGACUCGAAGACCGGGGUUUACACCAAAUACAAGCCAUUCCUCCAGAAAGACCGCGAAAUACUCAAGAAAUUAGUGAAAGGAGUGGACAGUAAGCGUCCCUCAGAGGUACAGUCGGCGCUCUUACGGCGCUUUUUCACGGAACUGACGCAGAGUUUUCUGAUACCAUUGGAGCGGUAUUUCGCGUCACUGAUGCCGCUCCAGAAGAAUGUCUCGCCAUUCAAGAGGACACCGAUUCUGCAGCACUUCCGACCGGACGAGUUCCUCAAGUCGUUGGAGACGUCGGGCCCUCAGCUCACCUCUGGGGUCAAAGGGGACUGGCAGGGCCUGUACGCCCGGUUCCUCAGGUGUCCCAACUUUGUCUGCUGGUACGACUCGCGGCUCCGGGAGGCCAACCAGAAGCUACGGUGGCNCAUCAGUGGCGCUAAUCUCGUCGAUUGGAUUCGCGAUAAGGCGGAGGUCGAGGUCGUGGACCUGAUUCUCAGGAUUAAGGAUAAGCUGUCGGCCGUCGAGUCCGAUGGCCUCCCAUUGGACGGACAGACUGUGGAGAAGUUGAGGUCCAAUUUGGUGGCGAUUAUCGAUACACUGCCCGAAGACCUCAAAGAGAUUCUUAAGAAAACAUAA